GAGGAGGAAGAAGAGGAAGAGGAUAAAUCUAUCAUCAAUAUGAAGUUGGUAUGGUGCCCGGAGAUGGCGUCGAAGGCGUACAUCGACGGCGUGAAGACGCUGGCGGAGCGAGAGCUCGCCGACACCGACGUUGCCGAGCUCGUCUCCGCCAUGGCCGGGGGCUGGAACGCGCAGCUCAUCGUCGAGGCCCCGGCCCCGGCACCGCACGACGUCGCCGCCAUCACCCUCGCCCUCUCCGCCGCCGCGCGCCACACCGGCGCCCGCUACGUCUGCGUCUACCCAGACCGUAACUCGGCGGCGGAGCACCCCGCGGAGGUGGUGGUGGGGGAGGCGGCGGAGGCGAUGGGGGGGCUGGAGGGGGUGGACCUGCUGGUGGUGGACGCGCGGCGCGGGGACGCGGCAGCGGCGGUGGCGGCGGCGAGGCCGGGGCCGAGGGGGAUGGUGGUGGUGCAGCACCACGCGGGGCGGCGGAGGGGCUGCGGCGGCGGCGGCGUCGCGUUGGUGCCGGCGGUGGAUUCGGCACGUGGAUCGGGACACGGGCGAGGAGCACGUGUUCCGACGCUGAUAUCCUUCUGGAUAAUUUUCAUGUCAUACGUCAAUAUGCCAGCACAGCAGCAGAACUUAUCUCCAAACACGGAUAUCAGCUGAACAUGUGCUGGCACUUUGAAAAUGUGAAUAGAUAGCAACGCAUGAUAGCAUAUGUUCAUUUUGACAUAUUUUUUCUUUUCUAAUUUUGUAUCUUUAUUAUAUGUAAGAUAAAAGUUUGUAAGAUGACAAUGGAAUCCACGCGUUGUGAAUUUUUUGGUUAGUAA